AUGCCUCCACCCCUCAACGGCUGGCGCGACAAGCUCAGUGCGCUCGAAGACUUGUACCAGCGCCAUGUCAAGGGCGUUCCCAAACCGCCUGUUCUUUCGUCGAGAGUUGCGGCGCUUCUGUCGGCCGCCUAUGUCUUCAUCUACGUAAUCCCCUUCUACCUGUCGCCCGCCACGCGACCCUCUCCGACUCUUACGCGCGAUGCGCCGUCGUCGAUACGCGCCCGGGUGCGCGCAGUGACCUUUUCCACCGUCCUAUGCUCCGUCCUCACCAUCGUCGUACUGUACCAACAUGACGCAUCGGCCAUGGAGAUCAUCCGUUUGCUUGGCAUCUGGCCUGUUUCACUUGUAGAUACCAUCCGGACCAUGCUUCUGGUGACUAUCCUCUUCGCGGGUCCCAUCUUCGAGCAUGGCAUUGUAGAUGGCGACUGGAGAGACUGGGUCAAACUAAAGGGCGUCCACGAGACCCUGAGCAGCUGGAUCGGAUACAGGAACUACAUAGUCGGCCCCGUUAGUGAAGAAGUCGUGUGGCGCUCGUUAAUCAUCCCCCUCCAUGUCCUCGCGCAGUUCUCCGGCAAGCAGAUCGUCUUCCUCACGCCACUGUAUUUCGGCAUCGCGCAUCUCCACCACCUCUACGAGUUCCGCAUAACCCACUCUGAAGUCUCGCUCUUCGUUGCCGUGCUCCGCUCACUCUUCCAGUUCACAUACACGUCGCUCUUCGGUUUCUUCGCAGCCUUUGUCUUCAUAAGAACCGGAAAUGUCUACACGUGCAUGGUAGCGCAUACCUUUUGCAACUGGAUGGGCCUUCCGCGGUUCUACGGCCGUGUGGGUGUCGAAGCCGGCAGUCCCAUCGGACCGCCAGACGUUGACAAGAAGGACGAUGAGCAGAAGAGCGUCCCACUGUAUCGGGGCAGGGGUGUUGGAUGGACCGUGGCCUACUAUAUUGUGCUUGUAGCAGGCGCUCUGGGCUUCUACUAUCAGCUCUUUCCGCUGACUGAGAGCAGUCACGCCCUGCCUGUAGACUUGACGAAGGCGUAA